CACCCAGAGAGGGAGCACGGUAUCAGUGUGACAACCAGCAGUGCCCCUUACCGAGUUGCUGGCUGAUCCUUCAUUUACUACAGGGUGGAUUUCAAACUUUUCGCCAGGUCUUUGCAACUUCAGUUUGGGGAGAGAUUUAUUUUUACUGUCUUGGUCAUUUUUUAUUUCAUUGGCUGAGAUCUCCUUGGUAGAGAUCGCCCACCUGCCUAGGCUGACACACUUACCCAGGGUUAUCAGGCGCUUACUGCCUUUCCCUCUGUAUAGAUGCGUGCCCGGUGGCUGAAACUCCUGUGCCUGGUGUUCGGGCUGGCAGUGUCCGCAGUGUUCUACGGUCACUACUACACAUCGCUGGUGACUUCUGGCAGACAAGUGAGCCAGGGACAACAUCCGCAGCUGCAUGGUAAGAACAAGUUGUCUCAAGAUUCUAAUCUGAAACCAGUCUGGCAGAAUGAGAGUAGCUUAUGGUCAGAGAAAAGACCUUCUGACUUGUUCAAGGAGUUGGAUAGUAUCCUGCAUUCUUCGAACAUCCAGACUGAACAGGAAAGGAGAGGUGACAAGAAGACGGAUGUAACACUGACCAAGGUGACAGUUGAAUCCAAGGUACAUCCUGCGCCUGCCUGUCCCACGUCUCUCCGUCUUCGUGCACAAAAUGACACUUAUUUUAGAAAAUUGUUUAGUUUUGACAUCCCAUUGCUUAUGUGGGACAGUCAUAGGACUGAAGACACCAGGAAAAAACUCAGCCAGAGACCGGUGCCAUAUGGCUGGAAGGAUCUUCCCCUGGAAGAUGUUAUCUCUACAUUAAAGCAGCUCAAUGAUUCUGCGAACCAGGAACUGUUUGACUGGCAGACCCCAAAAGGAUGCAUACGCUGUGCAGUGGUGGGAAAUGGGGGAAUUCUGAAUGGGUCACGCAAAGGGAAAGAGAUAGACCAGCAUGACUAUGUUUUCAGGCUAAAUGGGGCGGUGAUAAAAGGCUUUGAGGAAGAUGUCGGUACAAAAACCUCAUUUUACGGCUUCACAGUCAAUACCAUGAAGAACUCACUGCUGGCUUAUGAGGAGUUUGGCUAUACUGAGACACCAAAAGGGCAGGGACUUCGCUACAUAUUCAUACCUUCUGAUAUAAGGGACUAUAUAAUGCUACGUUCCAGCAUUUUAGGGGUUACUGUUCCAAGUGGUUUUGAUAAAGGAGACAAGCCUUCUCUAUAUUAUGGACCUGAGGUAACUCCCAAGAAAUUCAAACUUCUGCAUCCUGACUUUCUAGUGUACACAAGAGACAGAUUCUUGAAGUCAGACAUAUUACAAUCAACAUUCGCCAACUUGUACAUGCCAAGUACAGGGGCUCUGAUGUUGCUGACUGCACUACACAGCUGUGACCAGGUCAGUGCAUAUGGCUUCAUCACUGAUAACUUCAUGCAGUUCUCGGACCAUUACUAUGAAAGACAGAAGACACCACUUGAGUUCUAUGCCAAUCAUGACUUGCUUAUGGAAAAGAACUUAUGGAAAAAACUACAUGGCAGAGGGAUCAUGAAUCUAUACCAACGGUAAUGGGAGAUAGGUCUCUCCCUACUGGACUUAUGGAAGCAUGAAGGGAGUUAUCCAUUUGGGAGAAUAGCACCUAAAAGGAGCUUUGGGAAUCCACAAAGGUGAAUGGCCCUACAAAAUACAGAUGAUAAGGAUCAGGGGGACUUGCUGUGGGAUAGGACAUUUUAAUCACAAUAGUGUCUUCUUUCUUGGCUACAUUUCGAAGACCACUUAAAUAUACUGUAAAAUGCUUUGAAUUUAAAUGAAUCUUGAUUUAUACACUAACCUUAGGAUGACUGACAGUUAUAUUAACAUACUUGAAUGAUAAACGACAACCAUACCACUCAAGGGAACUAAAUGCCGACUAUUAUAUUUGGAGGAGAUAAAACAGGGUUAUUUUAAUUAGCAGUUUUGUUUUCCACGUUCGAUGUACUACUGUAUGGGUUUUACAGAACUAGGCAAUAACUUCGUAUUAAUAAUGUUCAAUCAUUACUCAAAUUUUGAAAGAACAGUUUAAACCUGGGAUGAAACAUGCUAAGGGGCAGAUUAGUAUGUGGUUUGCAAAACGGUUCACAUCUGAUUCCGUUUUAAAAUCCAUAUUACGGGAUUUCUUAUUCUGCAAUCUGGAGUCUUGGCCGUUUGCAAUCCCCUAAACCACAUACGGUUAGGACCGGAUUAUAGGGGAGGCGGUUGCCCCGGGCCGGCCAUACAUUUGGGGCCCCCAUACCACAGAACACAUUGUUCUUGGAUGGCCUCCCUGUCCUGAUGACGCUGGCUGUAUUAACUGUAUUGCAGCUAGUGAUGGCUCAAGGGGCUGGCUGGCAGGGACGUUGCCCGGAGCACUGCAGUCAGGGACAGGGUGUUUGGGACAGGGUGUUCUGAAUUUAUGGCACGGAUAGGAAAAAAAUGCUGUAUCCACAGGACGCGCUUCUGCACCUCCUAGUCCCUCCUCUAUCCCUUUGAAAUGAAUCAUCCCUUCCCCCAGUAGGCGGAGCUUCCCAGGACCAGGCUCAGGUUCGGUUCAACUUCACCAAAACAUACACUCCCCUAUUGCCUGUGGAACUUCUGUGCUGCAAGCAGUUGCCUGCCGCCUGCAGAGAUAGCAUGGUGAGCCCAUGUCCCAUGAAGCCUAUUGUUAGUGUGGAGGAGGGGAUUUGUGUAUGUGUGCUGUCAGUGUGUGGGGGGGAGAUAUGUGUGUGAGAGAGUUGUCAGUGUCGAGGGAGGGGAGGUGGGUGCCUGUAUUUACCGUGUGGUCCUUAAGUGUGGAAUCACCCUUAUAAAAAGAAAAUGAGCAAGGAAAUAUUAAUCCAGUGUCUACACAUAUGAUAUGGGAAUGGGGGAAAACUUUUAGGGUAUGUCACCAGUAUGGCGGCCAUCUUAGAUGCAAGUCUAUUUUUUUAAUUGAGAAGGUAGUCAUGUGACCUAUCAAACAGAUGCAAAAUUUCAUAAGAAAAUAAUGGUGUUCUCCAGUUUAACAUAUCUUUAUUAAUUCUUGCGUUCUUAACAUAAAGUUUAUAGGAUAUGUUUGAAGUGCUGUCCCUUUUUAUAAGUGUGUUUCCACACUGAUGGUCCACCCUGAUGUGUGCUGUCAGUGUAUGUUGGGAGAUGUGUGUGUGAGAGAUGUCAGUGUCUGAGUUUUCAGUUGGGGCAGUGUUCAGACCUAAGUGGUUUAACAUGGAGAACUACAUUUCCCAGCAUCUACAGCAUCUGGGGAUGCUAAUAAGCUUUAUUGUAAAGUAGAAAUUGCUUUUAAGACUGGAUGUUGAUAAAGGAAACAUGUAUGUAAUUUUACCCGUGAAUAAUACAGGGUGUUUAAAAAAAAAAAAAAAAGGUAACUGAAACUUGUAUGUGUAUCUUAUGUGUUACAGUAGACGUUGAGCGACAGCUGGUAUGUCACAGUACGCCAUCCAGGAACGUGCAAGGUGUGUGCAACAUUAUUUCCGUCGGAUUGGUUGGUCUUGCCUGGUAUCUGUAACAACUGGGUUCCAGAACAAUUUCCAGAGACAUGCACCACCAAAAAAAACUAUCCUGUCUUGGGUGGAAAUGUUCCAGCAAACAGGGUCCGUGGCUAAUCAUAAUAAAAGACAUUCCGUCAGACCCCGCAGUACCACGAGCAAUGUGUGAGGACAGAAAAAAGUUUCAGUUACCUUUUUUUUUUUUUAAAACAUCCUGUAUGUUCGCAGUUCAAGCUGCCGCUUUUCACUGAGCUACCCCAAUUGUAAUUACACCGAACUCCGUCCUCCUAGGGAAUGCCUGGUAGAGGCUAGCUAUAGCUGCUAUACCAAUAGUGGGCUGUGAAUGUAGUCAGCAUGUCGACAGUCACUAUGUUGAUACUACAAUGCCAGCACCAGUUUCCCAACAUGGUUCUAGUGCUACUUAAAACAGUUUUUCCCUAUUCCAUCGCUCACUCCUCCCCCCCCCCCCCCAUGUUUCUGUGUCAUGUCAGUAUACUUUGCCUACUUUCUUCUUUUUUUUACUUUAUAUGUUAUAGAUAUCUCUCCUCUCUAUGGUGUGUCGGUUGCCUACUUUCCCCUGCACUUCACUGUUUUUAGACUCUCUCUGUGUCUACUGUCUAGUGCAUCGGUGCUUGCCCCCCUCCGCAGCCUAAGCCUAACCCUUCUUCCGCAGCCUAAAGCUAACCUCCCCAUAGGGGCCCCCGCUAGCCUUUGUACGGCCCUACAUACGGUAUAGUCAAACCCUCAUGCUGUUUAGGCCAAUCUGCUUGGUAAAACUAUACGUGGAACAUUCAACUUAUGCAGUUUGCCUAUGUGGAGUUCUGGUGAGGUUUAUUGUGACCUAAUAGGUUGGGCAAGACAAUCCCCACCAGGACCACUAACACAAAAAAAAAACCCGGUACUUCCUUAGGCUGGGUACACACUGCAAAGAUCUCUGUCGACCUGCCAUUGCACUGUCCGAGCGGCCGAUUAGAUAAGCUAUACACACCUACCAACUGGCCUCUCGAUAUGUCGGUCCAGAUAUCACACCUGGGCGCACAUUUGGAUUUGCCCAGCCAGCUGUGUUGUCAUUGUUGCUGCAGCCAGUGUACAGACAGUCCAGGGGUCGUCCGUACACACAGCCACACAUGCCAAUAUAUGUGCAAGAUAUAUCGGAAUUGGUUGUGCUGAAGGGCCGACACGAUAUGUCUGAACAACAGUGUUCAAAGGCAUAUCAGGUGUACACACCCGCCAAUCCGCUACUGACAUAUCUGUCAAACGAACAAUACAUAUCGACCAGUGUGUACUCAGCUUUACUCUUAUGGCGCUGAUACCACAAGUGCCACCAUGAGUUAAAAGCGCACACGUGUUCUUGCAUUUUGGCAUUUGUAGAACUACAAGCACCAGCAUGCACAUGGCUAUUAGUGCAUCCUUUUUGCCAAUAGAAUGUAAAGUAAAUGUUGCUGUCGUUAUAAUUUCUUAAAUUGUUGACCCCAUUCUUUAAUACUUGUGGUUUCUCCUGAUUUACCCCCAUUAUAAAUAAUAAUGACUAUUAAAAGCAGUAUAGCGGGCCGUUAAAAAUAAUGCUUUUUUUUGGCCAAAUAACUAUCAUUUAAAUAUUGGCACCAUAAAGAAGUAUUUACCUAUACAUUUUCCUUUCCUUGUGCCCUGUAAUCCAGUGGGAAUAUUAUAAUCCACAUUGAGAAAUUACAGGAAAAUCUAUGAGACGCAUACACUUCAAAAUUAGUUUUACUUCGGUGAGCCUAGCUAAUAACUGGGUAACCAAUCAGGAGCUGUCUAUACAGGGAUGGCUGAAGGAUGCAAGAAACCUCUCCUAUCCAGUGAGCAGUGGAAGAUGGCUCUAACUUGGCUACCCGAUUUACCAGAAGUUAAUUCAUUAUUUUGUUGCAUGGGUUUUCAUUGAACAGACCUUGACAUUGACAGAUUAUUACACAAGAGUGGUCAUUCCGAGUUGUUCGCUCAGUAAUUUUCUUCGCAUCGCAGCGAUUUUCCGCUAAUUGCGCAUGCGCAAUGUUCGCACUGCGACUGCGCCAAGUAAAUUUGCUAUGAAGAUUGGUAUUUUACUCACGGCAUUACGAGGUUUUUUCUUCGUUCUGGUGAUCGUAAUGUGAUUGACAGGAAGUGGGUGUUUCUGGGCGGAAACUGGCCGUUUUAUGGGAGUGUGUGAAAAAACGCUACCGUUUCUGGGAAAAACGCGGUAGUGGCUGGAGAAACGGAGGAGUGUCUGGGCGAACGCUGGGUGUGUUUGUGACGUCAAACCAGGAACGACAAGCACUGAACUGAUCGCACUGGCAGAGUAAGUCUCGAGCUACUCAGAAACUACACAGAGAAGUCUUUUCACAAUAUUUCGUUCGCAAUUAUGAUAAGCUAAGAUUCACUCCCAGUAGGCGGCGGCUUAGCGUGUGCAAUGCUGCUAAAAGCAGCUUGCGAGCGAUCAACUCGGAAUGAGGGCCAAAGUAAUUUUUUUUACUCCAUAUGGAUUAUUACAUUUACACUGGAUUAUGUUGCACAAAGAAAGAAAGAAAAUGUAUAUGUGAAAAUGUAUUGUUAUGAUUUGUGGUGUUGAUUGAGGUGAAUAGAUGUGCGGUUUUACCUUUGGUAAAUUGCACAGUUUACAUACUAUAUUGUACAUCAAAUCACCACAGUUUUGAUAAUGUAUUCCCUAGAAUUUGUAAAAAUUCUCUACAAUGUUGUCACAUUAUUCUAUUAUCAGUUAAACAUCUAAAUUACUGCAAUUCGUGCAGGUUUGUGCCUUAUUUUUAUUUAUACCCACCAUUGUUAAUGGGCAAAUGUGAAAGUGAAUACUACUAAAGCUGCUGUUGCAAUGAUGGCUUUUUGGUAAGCAAACGGUUAAAUGGAUGCAUUUUAAAUUAUGCUUAUGUCUUAAUCAUUGUUAAUAAAAUAAAAUAUUUUUUAAAUAAAUGUGGAAAUAA